AUGACUAUCCUUACUGGCUGUCGUGGUGUCGGUCCCUCCCGGACUGUCUCCAGAGAGCCUGCCAACAUCAGGAUCAUCGUCGAAUGCCCCUGGCCAGACUGGACUUCGGGACGAGAAGCCGUCUCUUCAUCCGUGCUCUUGAAGUCCAAGUCUGAGGAUGGCUAUCUGCAAGCUGGCAAACUAAGACAGUGGUAUGGCUUCCUUACCUUUGCUCUUGAUUACCUGAAUACACAGCUAACGUCUUCUGCAGGUUCUGUCCCUCUCAGAUUGUGUCUGUUUUCCAGUAUGGCUCAGUUCAUGUUGGGUGAAGCUGUUCUUCGUAGCUGGUGCUGGUGGUUCGGGUCACAUGCUCUACGGGUAGGCUCUGGAAGUCUUGGCCAAUCAGGUGACGCAUACUGCUGGACCUGUGUCGAAGGUGUUGAUGCCGCCACUGUCUCCUUCACCAUGGGUUGCUUCUCUUUGACUAUUCGUCAUUGCACCAAUGACGUCGCUCGCCGCCCAGAGGCCUCUCGGGCACGCACCAGCGCCAUCACCAAGCUAAAGCACGGCGCACCACCACCAACAGCUGCUUUAAGCGCCAUGCAAGCUGUUUCGACGCACCCACAAUCCAACCAUAUUCGCCCUCACUACACCCCUGGUCCUUGA